AUGGUAAGUAUUAAUAAUAAUAAUAAUAAUAAUAGUAGUAGUAGUAGUAGUAGUAGUAGUAGUAGUAGUAGUAGUAGUAGUAGUAGUAGUAGUAGUAGUAGUAGUAGUAGUAGUAGUAGUAGUAGUAGUAGUAGUAGUAGUAGUAGUAGUAGUAGUAGUAUUAGUAGUAGUAGUAGUAGUAGUAGUAGUAGUAGUAGUAGUAGUAGUAGUAGUAGUAGUAGUAGUAGUAGUAGUAGUAGUAGUAGUAGUAGUAGUAGUAGUAGUAGUAGUAGUAGUAGUAGUAGUAGUAGUAGUAGUAGUAGUAGUAGUAGUAGUAGUAGUAGUAGUAGUAGUAGUAGUAGUAGUAGUAGUAGUAGUAGUAGUAGUAGUAGUAGUAGUAGUAGUAGUAGUAGUAGUAGUAGUAGUAGUAGUAGUAGUAGUAGUAGUAGUAGUAGUAGUAGUAGUAGUAGUAGUAGUAGUAGUAGUAGUAGUAGUAGUAGUAGUAGUAGUAGUAGUAGUAGUAGUAGUAGUAGUAGUAGUAGUAGUAGUAGUAGUAGUAGUAGUAGUAGUAGUAGUAGUAGUAGUAGUAGUAGUAGUAGUAGUAGUAGUAGUAGUAGUAGUAGUAGUAGUAGUAGUAGUAGUAGUAGUAGUAGUAGUAGUAGUAGUAGUAGUAGUAGUAGUAGUAGUAGUAGUAGUAGUAGUAGUAGUAGUAGUAGUAGUAGUAGUAGUAGUAGUAGUAGUAGUAGUAGUAGUAGUAGUAGUAGUAGUAGUAGUAGUAGUAGUAGUAGUAGUAGUAGUAGUAGUAGUAGUAGUAGUAGUAGUAGUAGUAGUAGUAGUAGUAGUAGUAGUAGUAGUAGUAGUAGUAGUAGUAGUAGUAGUAGUAGUAGUAGUAGUAGUAGUAGUAGUAGUAGUAGUAGUAGUAGUAGUAGUAGUAGUAGUAGUAGUAGUAGUAGUAGUAGUAGUAGUAGUAGUAGUAGUAGUAGUAGUAGUAGUAGUAGUAGUAGUAGUAGUAGUAGUAGUAGUAGUAGUAGUAGUAGUAGUAGUAGUAGUAGUAGUAGUAGAAUUAUGAUUUACAGGUGA